GGGUUCAGUCUGCUAUAAGACAACGCGAAUAACAGUACUUGAAACUAAAACCCACACGUCAUCACCCCCUCCUCCCGCUCGUCUCAUCUCAUUCACUACCAUUGUUUCUUCGUCUUUGAUUAGAUUUCGAAAGAGCUCCCUCCCUUUUCUCUCAUUUAUAUACUCUACGCUUAUUAGUCAUUAUAAAGACCUUGCUUGCAUAAUUCAAUUGAUUUCACCAUCAUGCCUUCCGCCGGUCCAAUGAGCAACCAGGUCAAGCCCCUAGCCGGCAAAGUUGCCCUCAUUACCGGCUCUGGGCGCGGCAUCGGUAGGGGCAUUGCCCUAGAGCUGGGUCUGCGCGGUGCUUCCAUCGUUGUCAACUACGGGCGCAGCUCGAGCUCCGCCGAGUCCGUUGUCAAGGAGCUAGCUGAGCUAGGCUCGAAGGCGGUUGCAAUCCAAGCCGACAUCUCGAAGCCGGCGGAGGUGGUCACCCUGUUCGAGAAGGCCGUCGCGCACUUCGGCGGCAUCGACUACGUCAUCUCGAACUCGGGCAUGGAGGUAUGGUCCGAGGAGACGGACGUGACACCGGAGCUCUUCGACCAGGUGUUCAACCUGAACACGCGGGGGCAGUUCUUCGUCGCGCAGCAGGGACUCAAACAUGCGCGUGAGGGCGGGCGCAUCGUGCUCACGUCCUCGAUCGCCGCGCAGAUGGCCGGCGUGCCCAAUCACGCCUUGUACGCUGGCUCUAAGGCUGCCGUUGAGGGUUUCACGCGCGCCUUCGCUGUCGACUGUGGCAAGAAGCGCAUCACCUGUAACGCCAUCGCCCCUGGUGGCAUCCAGACCGACAUGUUCGACGAGAACAGCUGGCACUACGUUCCCGGUGGCUUCAAGGGCAUGCCCAUCGACAAAAUCAAGGAGGGUCUCGCUAGUAUGUGUCCACUGGGGCGGGUUGGUGUCCCAGCCGACAUCGGUAAGGCCGUCUACUGCCUUAUUAGCGACGAAGGCGAAUGGAUCAACGGCCAAGUCAUCCGUGCUUCGGGUGGUGGCACUUAGACAAUUCAUCCCACAAGUAGAAUGGCAGUUGUGGUAAAUAGAAAGCGUUGCAAAUAUGGGAUUUGAACUGGUAGCAUUUAUCUCACAUGUAGGGGAUAUGACUCAGUUUGACGAAUCUGAGAGGAAUAGACUAUUAUACCAUCACUCUCACGCCCAUAGCUGCUGCGCUUUUCUUGUUUACGCAUUUUCCCAUAACCUAUGUGACUAAAGUAAUGUCCAAUAGCAUGCUACCUACGGAGAUAUCACGGCGAGAUGAGCUAUAACGGUACUCAAAUCUUGCAUUUUCCCCCGAAAACAAUAUUUGCAGCUCCAGCGAUUGAUGGGAUAUCCAGUUUAAAUCCGGAGGGUGGUAAUACAGCCCAUAUAUGUGAUCUAUGGGUUUGGAAGUAACUAUUGUAUACCUACUUAAGUAAGUAUUUAAUACCAAUCACGGUUUUCGUCAGCACCCGUACCAAAA